CAAGAACUAUUCACUUUCCGGGUCCGUUUAUUAAUGGUGCCUGCUUCUCAAAACAGCAAGAAUCCCGAGGCAGUGUUUACAUUUUUAACUAAACGUUUUGGGGAAUAAAAUAAACAUCACAAGAGCAAUACCAUGUCAGACACGGAAACAAAACCCUCAAGCGGCGAUGGAGGUGAGAAGAAAGAUGGAGAGUACAUUAAACUGAAGGUGAUUGGUCAGGACAACAGCGAAAUUCACUUCAAAGUGAAGAUGACAACACAUCUAAAGAAGCUAAAGGAAUCUUACAGUCAAAGACAGGGCGUACCAAUGAAUACCCUACGGUUUCUUUUUGAAGGACAGAGAAUCUCAGACAACCAAACCCCCAAAGAGCUUGGAAUGGAAGAUGAGGAUGUCAUUGAAGUGUAUCAGGAACAGACCGGUGGACUUUGGAAUGAUUAGACUCGCUAUAUUUUUCUCAUUUUGAAUUUUGUAUGUAUUUUGCGUUUGUGUUUCAAACCAUCUGGAUCCCACACUCUACUGGGGCUUCCAUGUGUGAGAGCACAAAGAACGAGUGUGGAAGAAUGGAUAGAUGAUCUAUUCUCCUUUUAAACACCUCACACAAUCAUUUCUUCUCCCUCAUUUACAAUGCAGGUAACAUUGUAGUGCAGACAGUGUCAUAGCUGAAUGUCCCCUAUUGAGAGAUGACGCAUACAAUUACUGGUUUUCUCUAGACUGCUACACAUGCCUCGUUCGCACACAAAGUUGGAAUAUACUGUCUCUGAAUGCUAAAGCAUUGUUUUGGAUCUGUUUAGCAAUCCCAGCUUUCUACCAUUGAUGGAUCUGGUCUAAUGAUAUUUUAAAUAUAAAAUGUUUUUAUGAUCAUGAUGUAUAUUUUGCAUCCAGUAUUUGUGUGUAGUAAUUAUUCAUGCCUGUCCUUGGUCAAGAUUCCCCAACCGGCGGGCCGAAUUUGGCACGCGGGUGACUGUUUCUGGCCUCUUCUUGGACUUAAGUGUUUUUCUUGUUUGUCUGUCCUUUUAUCAAAAUAGUCUUGCUGUUUUUAACCACAACAGUAGCCACACAUAGUAAUGAUGUCAAUGCAACAAAUGAUUCCUUAUGGAGGCAUUGAUCCGGAUGGUUUGAAGCAGAAAACUUGUUUUCUUUUUUUGAAUAAAAUGUUUAACAAAAACAGGA